CCCGGCUCGCUCUACAGAUAACACAGCGGCAGGUGAAAGAGGCUUAGGUGGGUCUCCAUGGCAACCGCAGAGCAGGGGCGGGGCCGCUGCCUCCGAGGUUCAGGAGGAGCUGUGCUUCUGGCCUCCUGGGACAGGCGCACACAGUCCACAAACACCAGCCCAGGCUGGAUCCUUCCUCCGGGCGUUGCUUUCUCUCCGUACAACUGCUGAGAGACAGAGAGGGAAGAGCCGGAGGCAGCAGCCCACCGCGAUGACAAAGAGGAGGGACAGGUCUAGGAGGUAGUCUUCGUCCCCCGGACGCGCUCUUCUCUCUGGCUGGAAAGCAGACGGCAGGACCCCGCGGGACCCUUCACCCCCGGAGAGGCUGGCCUCAGAAAGCCAGAUGCCGUCAGAUGCUGGGCCCUCGUGCCUCCAACGGCAGGCACCUCGGGGGCCGUCAGUGAGGGGCAGGCAGAGGGGAGCCGACCCUUGAAGUGAGCCUUACAAGAGGAGCAGGUGUUCGUCAGGUGGCCCGCAGGUCAGCAGGUCGGGCCGAGUCCCACCUGGCCUGGUGGAGUCCCGGUGGUUUUUCUACGAUGCUGAAAAGAAAUGCUGCCUGUGUCCAAGCCACCUGCACUGCUCCAAGCCUCAGUCUCCCUGUCUGUAAGUUGGGGUAAUAAGGUACCUACUUCCUGGUACUGUGAAGAUCAGGAAAAGAUGUCCACAUAAGGGCUUUAUAAAUGAACAAGACAUUGAGGUUUACACACUCAGAUGUGUACACAAUGCUGGAUCAGUGCUUCUGAGUGAUUGAAUGAACAGCAGAAUUAGAAAUGAUGGCGCAGAAAGGUUAAGCAACUUACUCCAGGCCACCCAGCUGUGACGGCGGAGCAGGUUCUCUCGGGUCCCAGCUCUCCUCUUUCCCCUUGCUCUCCCCCACCCUAACUGACAGGGGGCCCAGGAAAGACGCACUCCUUCCCUGUCUCGGCAGGGGCUGGGGGGGCCAUGUCCCUCAUCCCCUGGCUGCGGUGGAAUGAAGCCCCCUCCAGGCUGUCCUCCCGGAGGCCCGCCGAGAUGGUGCUGGAGACGCUCAUGAUGGAGCUGGCAGGGCAGAUGCGAGAGGCAGAGAGGCAGCAGUGGGAGCGCGGCAACGCAGUCAGGAAGAUCUGCACCGGGGUCGACUACAGCUGGCUGGCCAGUGCCCCCCGGCCCACCUACGACCUCAGCCCUGGCGAACGGCUACAACUAGAGGACGUCUGUGCCAAGAUCCACCCUUCCUACUGUGGGCCCGCCAUCCUCAGGUUCCGGCAGCUGCUGGCGGAGCAGGAGCCCGAGGUGCAGGAGGUGUCCCAGCUCUUCCGCUCGGUGCUGCAGGAGGUCCUGGAGAGAAUGAAGCAGGAGGAGGAGGCCCACAAGCUGACUCGGCAGUGGAGCCUGCGGCCCCGCGGCCCCCUGGCACUUGCCAACUUCAAGACCCGAGCGCGCAUCUCCCCCUUCACCAGUGACAUCCGGACCAUCUCUGAGGACGUGGAGCGGGACACGCCGCCACCGCUCCGGACCUGGAGCAUGCCGGAGUUCCGGGCGCCCAAAGAUGACUGAGCCAUUCCCUCCCCUGCCCAGGAGCGGAGCCACCAGCGGGAGGGCAUGAGAGGCCGGUGACUGGUCCCGCGUCCCGGAACCUCCCCCCUUCCCCUGACUCCCAAGAGGUGUUUCCUUCCCAGGACAUUCCGAUAAAAUGAAGGACUCCGUCAGGCAGCACUCCCCCAUCAGCCCUGAGCCCCGAGUUAGGGCAUCCAUCUCCUCCCUGUCCCUCCCACAAAUCAGUGGGAGCAGCGCCUCCCCUGCCUCGCAGAGAUUCAGGAUCUUGGCAGACAAGAUCUACCCCAGGGGAGGGGAAGAGUUUGCCAGGACCUGAGUUCUCACGCCCAGUUCCGGGAUGUCCUAUUCACCCCUUCACCCGAGUAAGGGGCGCUUGUUGGGUAGUGUGCAUUCUCUGCUGGUGGCUCCUAGGUCCUUGCCUCUGGGACAGGCAGGGCUGAAAGGGACCACAAAAGCCAAUAGGUCACUCUCCUCCGCUGGUGAAAUGAACAAACUGAAGCUCAGAGAGGGCAAGAUUCUUUCACCUUAAAUUGCAGCCAGAUUCCCCCAAGGGCCGGGAGGUUGUUCCUGGGUAGGUAUAGUCUCUGCCCAAGUCCUGGGCUGUGAUGGGACAGCUCCAAGGGCUGUCUCCUCCUGCCAGUGAUCUGACACAUCUCUGACCUUGGAAUCGGCAUGGAGGUCUAAGGCAGCUGGGAUCAGAGGUAAGAUGCCCUUGCCUCGCCCCAAGAGAAUCAUCAUUCAGGAUGUGGCCAAUGCCUGGCAGCUCCUCCCAGAGCUGAAGCUUCAGGCUUCCUCCUUACUGCUCUGGAGAGCCCAGGGCACGGAUUCCAGGGUCCCUUCUCUAACUGGUCAUAUGAAGGAAAGUGAUCUCAAAAUCCCUAACUGGUCUCAAAGAACCAAGGGAAAUGUUCUGGAAGAGCCGCCCUACAGGGUUCACUGUCCUUCCUUUUCUAAUAUGGUUAGAGCUGGAUACGGGACAUGUGGUGCUCCAAUGUAUGGAAGGUCAGGCGGCUUCCCUGGGCUGAAGUGGGGUGUGGGGGGAUGGGUGAGGAAAGUGUCUGUCCCCAGCUACCAGGGCAUGCUCAGAAAAUGCAAGUGGAUCUUACUAAUUAGUCUAAAUAAAAUGCCAGGAGAUAAGUCUGUGGGGACAAAAUCCAUAUACUCCCUGACCAGGCUCAGUAGAAAAAAAAAAAGUGGUUUUUAAAUGAUCUGGUUUGGGAUUAUUUUCAUUCAAGUCUGGACGGAAAAUCCUAAGAUGAUGGAAAACCUCUUAUCCAAUACAGUCAAGAUGAAGGAGUUGUUUCAUUACAUACCUGGCGGCAGUUGAAAAGCACUUAAAUGAAAAUGUACACCUUAAGCUUCUUACAUAUUUUAUGUUAAGACAUAAGAAAAAGUUCAUUUAAUUGCCAAGCUGUGUUCACUCUUUUGUGACAUGUAUUGUCUGAUGAGGAUGCCACACUUAUGUUUUAUUGGCUCAUCUGUCCUUUAGUCAGUCAUACCAAUAAGAACAACCGGCACAAACAAGUUUAGAAAGAGCAGAAGGGACCCUCGGUAAGCAGACAGGUCACUUGGCAGGGGCAACAGUCAUGGGGAGAGUUAGAAUAUGAUCUACUAGCUGUGAGCUUUCUGGGUAUCCUGGUUGGAGGUCAUCUGUUUUCUCUGAGGGAAUGGAAUGUCAAGGUCAACCUAGCUGUGGGAUGUGGGCUAUACAGAGGAGGUCAACUAAGAGAAUAACAACUCAAGAAAUGGGCAGAAGACAUGAACAGACAUUUCUCCAAAGAAGACUUACAAAUGGCCAACAGACAGAAGAAAAAGUGCUCAACGUCA